AUGUCAUGCUGCACUAUCGAAAGGAUACAGUUAGGACGCGUUCAGAUUUGGAUCGCUAAAGCAAUCCUAGCACCCGAUCCGAGGCCGGAUCAGGCUGAUGCGAGCCGGGCUGAAAAUGAGCCGAUGCGAGCCUGGCUACUGUGCAGGCUCACCACGGUUGGCCCGUACAAUAAUCGGCAAGAGACGUAUGCGUACUUUUCCCUACCAUUUUGCCGAGGACCAAAGGAGUCCAUUGGUCACUACCAUGAGACAAUGGGAGAGUCCCUUCUCGGAGUUGAGCUUGACUUCUCUGGCUUGGAUAUUAAAUUCAGAACGAAUGUAAAGAAGACAGUAUUCUGUAAAAUGAAGCUUACAAAUGAGGCUUACCAGACGUUCGUGUACGCCAUCAAGAACAGCUAUUUCUACCAAAUGUACCUGGAUGACAUGCCUAUUUGG